AAGGAGGUGAUUUCUCAUGUUAUUUCCAGUCCUCCUUUUGAAGUUGAAGUUCCUCAAACUCUUCAUCAGAUUGGCCAAGAGGACAUCAGUUGAAGGAAGUAGCUCCAUCAAUUUGUUUUAAUUUAUCCAAAUAUUUGUGCAAGAAAUUUAAAUAUGGGAGAAGAGAAGGAGGUGAUGUCUCAUGUUAUUUCCAAUCCCUCUUUUGAAGUUGAAGUUCCUGAAACUCUUCAUCAGAUUGGCCAAGAUUCAUGGUUUCAGGUGGGACUUGUUCUCACGACUACUGUCAAUUGUGCGUAUGCACUAGGAUAUGCUGGCACAAUCAUGGUUCCUCUGGGUUGGAUUGGUGGUGUGACUGGUAUGGUUUUAUCUACAAUCAUAUCAUUAUAUGCCAGUACCCUUAUGGCAAAGAUCCAUCAAUAUGGAGAAAAAAGGCAUAUCAGAUAUAGAGAUCUUGCAGGAUUUAUGUAUGGAUACAGAGCUUAUGUCAUUGUUUGGGGAUUACAGUAUGCAAAUCUUUUCUUGAUAAAUAUUGGAUUCAUCAUUUUGGGUGGACAAGCCUUAAAGGCUUUCUAUCUUCUCUUUAGGGAGGAUCAUGAGAUGAAGCUUCCAUACUUCAUCAUAAUCGCAGGAUUAGCGUGCGUGAUUUUCGCUGUUUCUGUGCCCCAUUUGUCAGCUCUAGGUGUUUGGAUGGCAGUUUCCACAUUCCUCAGUAUAGUGUAUUUCUCAAUAGCCUUUGCUUUGUGUCUUAAAGAUGGUAUUAAUGCUCCUCCUAGGGACUAUAGCAUUCCAGGAUCCUCCUCUAGUAGAGCUUUUACAACUAUUGGUGCAGCUGCAAGUCUUGUUUUUGUAUACAACACAGGAAUGAUCCCAGAGAUCCAGGCUACUGUAAGAGCACCUGUUGUUGACAACAUGUUGAAAGCCCUGUAUUUUCAGUUUACUAUAGGAGUUGUGCCGGUGCAUGCUGUUACUUACAUGGGGUAUUGGGCGUAUGGAUCUAAAUCAUCAUCUUAUUUGCUCUACAAUGUCAGUGGCCCUGUUUGGCUGAGGGGAUUAGCCAACAUUGCUGCUUUCUUCCAAUCCAUCAUUACGUUGCACAUAUUUGCAAGUCCAACAUACGAGUAUUUGGAUACUAAAUAUAGAAUAAGUGGAAGUGUAUUGGCUUUUCGGAACCUGUCAUUCAGAACAGUAGUUAGAGGUGGUUAUCUAGCGAUUACCAUUUUUCUAUCUGCUCUGUUACCUUUUCUUGGAGAUUUCAUGAGCUUCACCGGUGCUAUCAGUACAAUUCCACUCACAUUUAUUCUUCCAAAUCACAUGUACAUUGUUGCUAUGAGGAAGCAAAUUUCGUCAUUACAAAAGAGCUGGCACUGGUUCAACAUUCUCUUCUUUAGUUGUAUAGCUGUUGCUGCAUUAGUUGCUUCUGUAAGACUUAUUGCCAUGGACUCAAAAACUUACCAUGCGUUCGCAGAUUUAUAACUCAUUCGAGUUUACCUGGAUGAGAAUGUCUCUCAUGUUUAUGUUGUUAGUUGUAUUCAAACAUUGUAGCUUCUCUAUUAGAAAUAAGAGAUUUAUGACUUUCCCCAUCAAGUAGUUGGAUGUAUGCAGUUCUAAUUAGUUUUCAGAUUGGUAGUGUCAUAUGUGAAAGGAAUGUUGAGAACAUUCUAUCUAGACUUUUGGACCAAACUGCAGUUCGAAUUUAAGCAUUUUGGCCCCUCAGCUAUUCCCCAGGGCCAAAUCAUUGAGUAUCAAUUAAAAUGUUUUUGCACUAACAUAGGUUGUGGUGGAAGUGUGGAAUUGUUCCACUUUUAGCCAGAGGUCUCGGGUUUUCAGUCUUUGAUAUGAAGAAAAUCUUGUUGGAAGCACCACCUUCUGAAUGGGCUCUGUAUUCUACAAUCCAAAUUUAGUCGGAGAUUCAAUGCAAACACCAGACACCGGAUAGAAAUU